AUGGUCGCUUUAAUCCAGCGCACGAUGCUCGCACCGAUUAUCCUUAUACUAACUUGUCUCCCGCUCCACGUCUCCUCGGGAAACGUCCCUGAAGGCGGCGCCUGCUCUCCCUCCAACACCCACCUCGACCCUUCCUCUCACAAGCUCCUCAGUGACUGCUCCGAGACGACAUUCUGUUCCAGCUCUUCGUCCCAAGCAAACAUCACGACUUCCAGCUCCACAACGUCCACCAGCAGCACAGGCACCUGCCAGCCACGUCUCUGUCGCCGGGACGAGUUUCCGUUCUGGUACUACCACGCUGACGAAUCCGGCCCAUCAAAUGCUUCCGCUCCCCUUCUCACCCUGCCUCCGCUCUGUCCAGUCGGGCGUUUCUGUCCGGACGAGGGUAGCGGGUGUCGGCCGCUCGUGGCGCCGGGACAGCCAUGCGAGAUGAACCGGGACGACCAGUGCGCACCACCACCUGGCUCCGAACGAAUAGCAUUGUCGAGCGAGCGGAACGUCAAUGGGUCGAUAUGCUUACGCGAAAUCUGCAUGUACGCGAACGCGACGCUCGGCCAGGCUUGCAUCAUCGACAACAACACCUACGUUGACGAAGGCCCUGACGGACGACAGUAUAUUAACAGUAUCGCCCGGGACAACUGCCGCACCACUCCGCCGCAGCCACUGUAUUGUGACGGCGCGUCCCUGCAGUGCGUCCCAAGCAAGCCACUUGGCGCAGCAUGCGAUGCAGAUCGGGAGUGCGAGAGCUACAAAUGCGGCUCGUCGGGGACCUGUGUCCCUUCGCCGUCGAUGCCCUUGCGAAUUGCGCCAUGGAAGUACGCCAUCACAGCCGUCUGCGUUCUGGCUUGUAUGACAGCCACCCUCGCCGCUCUCGUCUUCGUGCACAAGCGUCUCCGCCUCCAGCGCUAUCGCGAGAUUCGGGAGUAUUACGAUGAGCAGAUGAGUUUACGUCGUUCGAUGGCGGCUCUUCACGCAGCCGUUGCGGAGAGACAUCGUUAUUCCGAUGCCUACGCAGAUGAGGACGAGAAAUGA